AUGGACACGCCAUUGUUAUUGGAGAGGGAUGCAGUAGAGUUGUACACUCGAGCAAUGUUUUAUGAGGUACAGAAAGAGAUAAUGUCAUCCUGUUAUGAUAUGAGUAUCAACAGUAUAUCAGAACAAGAUGGUGUGAAGAUUUUCUCCAUAAAGGACAAAAAGAGACAUGGAAAAAUAUUUGAGGUGAAACACGUUGUUUUGAACAAUGACCUGCAAUGUACUUGUACGAUGUUUGAGAAAAUAGGUAUAGUAUGUAGACAUGGGUUUUUUGCACUGAACCAAGCUGAUGUAACAAAAAUACCAAGACAUCUUGUUGUGAACCGAUGGACAAAAGGUGCUGAGAUGAGGCAUUCAUUGCAGUUCAAGGAAAUAUCAGAACAGUGCAAUGCAAUUGAAGUUACAAAUCGCAAGUUGAAUGACAUAUGGUAUGAUUUCCAAUCCUGUGUGAGUUUGGCAGGUUUAGAUGGUGAGAGACUUGACUACUUGGAAGGGAAGUUGAAGGAGUUGAAGCACAGUUUGCGUGAAUCUAGUGGGAAAUCUGACACACAAAACAAAAAUGAUGUAAUGGAGUUUUUUGUUGGCUCAAAAAUACCAAUUGAAGUGAUUGUUAAACCUCCCAUUGAAGGUAGAAACAAGGGGUGUGGACGGAGAAUUGUUGGUGAUUAUGAGAAAUCAAUUAGUCAACGAAAGAAGAAGGUGCCAAGGUUGUGUAAUAUAUGCAAAAAAAAACUCGAUUUUCAUGACAAAUGGACAUGCCCAUUAAAGAAAACAUUACAGCAGAGUGAUGUUUAA